AUGCACUGCUGGAAGGUCACGGCAGUCCUGCUGCUCUGCUCGCUGCUGCUCAGCCAGGCACCCGGCGCUUCCCUGCAGCACCAGCAGCACCAGGAGCAGCAGCAGCAGCGGGAGCAGCCCUGGCCCGCCCGCCGCAGGCGCAUGACGCCGUUCUGGAGGGGAGUCUCGCUGCGGCCCGUGGGAGCCUCCUGCAGGGACAGCAGCGAGUGCGUGACCAUGCUCUGCAGGAAGAACCGCUGUUUCCUCCGAACCGCCUCGGAGUGA